AUGAGUACACAUACUGAAUUGUCUGAUAGGUCCGCAACGACGCCUCCAGCAGACACUGCAAAUUUGGAAGUUCAAUUGAGUGAGAUGUUAAACAAAUUCAAUGAAUUGAGCGUAGAAAUGUCAACCCAAAGGCGUAUGAUUGACCAACUGGUUGUUAGCAGUGGCGGUAUCCAACAUGAUCCCAUGCCUAUUAGCCAGCUUGAAAUAGAACACCAACCACCUCCUCUAUCCCAUACCCAAGUUAUCUUUGCACCAUCCUUUGCAAACAUACCCGAAGAGACUUUCACCUACCCCGCCUCCAGUUUUCCAUAUACUUACCUCUACCCCGCCUCCAGUUUUCCGUAUACUUACCCCAAUAACAUCCAAGUCAACCCAGCCAGCAUUCAAAUUUCUCAGAAUUACCCAGACUCUCAAGUACCUCAUCACACCACCACUGAGCUAUUCAUGUUGAAUGCUGCUAUGCAAGGAAAGGUGGAAACGGGUGAAUCCUCUGCCCCAAUAGACAAAAAUCUGUCGAAAAGAUUGGAUAAAUUUGAUGAAUUUAUGAGAAAAAGCCAAGGAUUGAGCAAGCCUGGAGGCUUGGAUUAUGAUGAGUUGUGUCUUUUCCCAGACAUGCAAUUGCCUUUGGGUUUUAAAACACCCAAAUUUAGUAAGUAUGAUGGAACUGGUAACCCCAAAAUGCAUCUAAGACUAUUUCCAAAUAAGUUGGGAAAGCCAGUAGAUAGUGAAAAUUUGCCAAUACGUUUAUUCCUAGAGAGCUUGGAAGGCGAUGCCCUGGAUUGGUAUUCCAAUUUAAAACCUAAAGAAAUAAGAACAUGGUUGGAUUUGUCAAUAGCCUUCCUGAGACAAUACGAGUACAAUUGUGAACUUGCUCCAACGAGGACCACGCUUCAAGGCACUGAAAGGAAACCAUCUGAAGAUCAUAAGACAUAUGCCAAGCGAUGGCAAAAAUUGGCAGCCAAGGUGGAACCUCGGAUGACAGAAGAGGAAAUUGUCCGUAUAUUUAUUAAGGCGCAUGAUCCACCAUAUUUUGAGGAGAUUUUUCGCAUGACCGGAUGUUCAUUUGCGGCAAUUAUCAAUAAGUUAGAGGAAUAUGAUGAAUAUGCCAGGGCACAAAAAAUUAUCAAUAUAUUGGCCUUAAAAUCACAGUUGGAUGCUUUGCAAGGUCAUAAUAAAAUUGGAAAGGAGCCUAAAUUCAAGAAGAAUGAAAGAGAAAAUGCUUUUGUGUGGGGCGAAGACCCGUCUUCUAUACCCAGAUUUUAG